CAGAAAUCAUAAAUCAAUCAUUCAAAAUCAUAAACCGAUUUUUCCUGCACGACAUCACUGCUACACUUUCACUCUCUGAUUGGCUUCUCUUUUUAAAGUACUCAGAACAGCCAUGUCUGAGGGGUGAGUCUGUAACUGUCACACUCUGUGCCUUUCAAUCAAUCACACAACUAUGUUGGCUCCCCAGCAGUACUCAUAAACCAGAACAGCCAUGUCUGAGGGACCGAAAAAGACAAAGUACUCAGCGACUCGCAGGUUACUGCUGAAGCAAAAACUGCUGAAGAAAGCUGGGGUCUUGCUGGUCCAGGAGCAAAGCAACAAGGUGACAGAGAGGGAAAGCGUCUUGAGCGAGAGAGUACCACCGCUGAAACUCUCCGGCCUAUCUGUGCAAGAGCUUCAGGAGCUCUGUAAGGAACUGCACAGGAAAUGUGACACAGUGGAUGAGGCACGAUAUGAUAUCGAAGCAAAAGUGCUCAAGAAUGAGAAAGAGCUCGUGGACCUGAAUGCAAAGAUCAACGAGCUGAAAGGGGGGAAGAGACCUAACCUCAAAAGGGUCAAGAAGUCUGCCGACGCUAUGCUGGGGGCUCUGACUGAGGCCAAACUCAGCUCCAAGGCGGACUUCAAGUCCAACCUGAAGACAGUCAAGAAGGACAAGAAGGAAGAGGAGAAAGCGGACCCAGGUGACUGGCGGAAGAAUGUGGAGUCCAUGUCUGGAAUGGAGGGCAGAAAGAAGCUUUUCAAUAGCUAAAACAGUUACAAAUGCACUGGCUCUGUAGAGAUCUGUGGCUGCAUUGCCUGAUUGUUUACUAAUUUUUAUUUUGGAUUUUCCCGAAAAAUAUAUUUUUUGCAGUGAGAUUGUGUUUUGGGGGAAAGUAUGAAGUGUGAGGUAUUUUACACUAAAGACUGAGGGAACUAUAAAGACUGUGAGAACUAAUCAAUAUUUUUAUUAAAAACUAUUUAGUGUGGGCUACAUGAUUUUGAUUCCUAUCAAGAGAAAAUAGUCAAAUGUGGAACAACCUAAUAAUACUCAUCAUAUUAGUUCAUUUUGUAAAUAUUCAAUUCCAGUUUGUUAUUAAAACACAAAUUAUUCUGUUUUGGUUUAUCUGCCAAUAUUUAUGAUUUUAAAAAAAGAUGAUGAAGUUGGUUCUCUUUCAUGUUGUUUACUUUUGCCAUAAUGCAAUACGAAAAUCUUAAAAACACAUACAGUGUAGAUGCUAUUAAUUACAUGGAUAAGCCACUGAAUGUGUAGUGUUGGAUUUUCAAGAGCAGUUCUCCUUUCAGGCUGUGGGUGACACUAUAGACAAGCUAUUGUACUAUUUAACCAAGGUUGCCAUUUUCACCUCUGUCACUUCAGUUCAAUCUUAUCACCACUAGGGUGUGUUAUAGCAUUACCCUUUCAUUUAAAAGUUGACCUGUGGGUGGUUUGUGCUUACAAAUGACACCUGGGGGUAUCAUUCACUACCACUGAUCUUUGGUUAUCAAUGGCAAAGUCAUUAAUCAUCUUGAUGAUCACAAUCUCCCCUGGGCCAAAGACUACUAACAAAGUAAUGAGACGUUUGAAUAGUCGUGUAGUUCCGGUGAAUUAUACCAUUAAAGAGAACGAAACUGGUAAAUUCAGAAGACAUAAACAUAAGCGCUUUCUAAAAUGGGUACCAUACUGCGACCAAUACGCUGCUACAAAUGGUCAUAAGAGUGUCUUAAGUCCAUAGAGCUGUAUUGGAGAGGGGGGGGCAAUGUUUUGCGGAGAACGAGCUGGCUAGAGGAAGGGAAAGGCAGUAUGGAACAACGCAUCCUCUCUGCAGAUCAUUACAGAUGGUACAGUAUGAAGUGUGAGGUAGGUGUGUAAACCUGCCAUCGGGCCACAAAGGGUGGGGGAAGUCAAGCAGCACGCGUCUGCAAAUAUGCAUUCAUUUUUAUAUGGCAGUGAUGUGUUAUAGUUUUUUUUCUGUGAUAAAGGACAGCUACUGUCCCUAACCCUUUCCACAGCUCUCUUUGGCAUGAGACACAUUUGCUUGUGCUGGUAGGAAAAUGGUCGAGGCAAAUGUGAUGGGAGUAAACAUUUACAAUGUCUGACAGGGGCUCUAAAACUAUAAACAUGCGGUAUCCCAUUUGUUGUGGGAGACAGAGACACUCUAUCCAUUUUGUUUCUAUUUACUGUACAAUGUGAUUCUUUGGGUUGCUGAUACUCCUCUAAUAAAGUCGUCUUUACGUUU